AGUGCAGUAUGUUGUUGAUAAUCCAUCGGCAGGCAGUCUGGUUUAUUGGUCCUCUCUUUGCAGCACCGACUGGACUUGUCUUCAAAGAAGUCUUGAUGAAGCAGGCAAAUAAUAAGAAGAAAGAAGAUACUGAUGGCCGAGUCUACAAUGCAGUUGAAGAGGACGAAGAGAAGGCCUUGAUUCCAAAGCUUGAGCAGCAAGAGCUUAGUCAGAAUGGUGAUUAGAACAUUUGGAUGACACCCAUCAGGAAGAACAGUGUCAAGGAGUCUUACUGUACAGGACGUUUCCAGCCGCUCCUUUAUAUUCAUCCAAGACGGCGCUCUUCUCCUGUUUCCUUGCAUUCAUCCUACCGCCCUGUGUCUCUCGCGAACUCCCGUUGGGAUUUUAGGGUUCGCGAUCCAGACGGUUGCUUCUUGAUCAUCAUGGUUCUUCAAAACGACAUCGAUUUGCUCAAUCCUCCGGCCGAACUCGAGAAGAGAAAACACAAGCUCAAGCGUCUCGUACAGUCGCCCAACUCAUUCUUCAUGGACGUGAAGUGUCAGGGUUGCUUUAACAUAACGACUGUAUUCAGUCAUUCACAAACAGUCGUGGUAUGUGGGAAUUGCCAGACGGUCUUGUGCCAGCCAACUGGAGGGCGCGCUAGGCUAACAGAAGGGUGCUCCUUUAGAAGAAAGGGCGACUAAGUCCUUGUCUCAGAAUUGGCUUGCAGUAGGAUCAGGAUGGGUGGGUUUGAAUUUUGAUAUUGCAAUUGAGCACAUUUUGUCUUUGUCUCGGGUUUUCUUCGUUAUGGAUGUUGAUUAUUCAAUUUUGUUUGAGAAGAAGAGCAUUUAGGCACCGUUGUUGUAGUACAUUGAUCUUAAUGUUAUCCAUGAAACUAAGUUUUGUUUGAAGGAAUUCACAUCAAGUGUUUUUGCGAGCUCCCCAAUUCCUUUUAA